CACUGAGCGGAGAAUAGUUUGUGCGAAUUGAGGUUUUGAUGAAAUAAUGACAUAAAGACACGCGCAUAUUAUAUAUCUUGGAGAAGAGAGACAGAGGAGAAGGAAAAAUGAGGGACGACGCCGUAAGCUCUUCAGGAGACCCGCCGCUGCCUCCAAGAUCUUCGUCCCCUCCGCCGAGUCUCACUCCCGCCGCCAGUUCUGUUGGAGCAUCAUCCCCAGCUGUUCCCGCAAAUGCUGGCAGCACAGACUGGCUUGGUCAAGGGCAGAAUUUGAAAGGCGGAUCAGUGUCUUGCAUUGGUUCACAGCCAAUGAACACAUCAUUGAGUACCAGUGCUGGUGGUUCUAUUCUUGGAUCUUCACAGCCUUCCUGCAGGCCCUGGGAAAGGGGGGAUUUGUUAAGGCGUCUGUCCACAUUUGUACCUGCAAAUUGGAGUGGAAAGCCGAAGGCUGCCAGUUCGCUUUCAUGUGCAAGAAGGGGCUGGGUAAAUGUGGAUGUUGAUACAAUUGAAUGUGAAUCUUGCGGCGCAGUUUUGAAGUUUGUUUCAUCAGCUACUUGGACACCUUCUGAAGCUGAUGUUGCUGGAGAAGACUUUGCUAAGAGACUAGAUGAAGAACAUAAGAUUAACUGUCCAUGGAUGGGAAAUUGUUGUGCAGAAAGUCUGGUGCAGUUUCCACCGACUCCACCAUCAGCUCUUGUUGGUGGCUACAGGGAUAGAUGUGAUGGGUUGCUUCAGUUUCCAUCCCUUCCUAUUGUUGCUACAUAUGCCAUUGAGCAUAUUAGGAUUUCUAGGGGUCCAGAACUUGAUAAGCUGUUGGCCCAGUCUCAGUUUGCACGGAAUGAAUCUGGUGUCAGGCUUGAAGUUUUAUUAGGAUCAGAGAACACCAAAGAUGAUAUUUUCUUCAUAUACUCUCGUUCACAGAAGUUAAUAAGCCUUUGUGGAUGGGAACCCAGAUGGCUUCCAAAUGUUCAGGAUUGUGAAGAGCAUUCUGCUCAAUCUGCAAGGAAUGGAUGUUCAAGUGGUCCUUCAAAACAUCAUGCCCCACCACGAGAUCGUAGCCGUGGAAAAAAAGCAUUGUCCUCUUCCACCAAAAAUGUUUUUGGUACCAAGGAAUUUACAGGUACCAACUCAAAAAGUAUAUCUGGAUCGCCACUGUUGGAUUGUAGCUUAUGUGGGGCAACAGUGAGAAUCUGGGACUUCCUCACUGUCACACGCCCAACUACUUUUGUUCCAAGUAGCAUUGAUGCUCCAGAAACUAGUAAAAAGAUGGUGUUGACAAGGGGAGUAAGUGCAGCUAGUGCCAUCAGUGGGUGGGUUGCUGUGGAUGGUAUUGAGAAGGAGCAGGUAGACUACCAUGAUGAAGUCGCAACUGGUGAGGGAAAAUCAAUGUCAAAUGUCGGGGUGGAUUUGAAUCUUACUAUGUCAGCUGGCUUGUCUUCGUCACGGCUGAAUAUGAAUGCUAUGUCUGAGCCAUUUCAAGAUGUGCAUAGAGGAAGAGAUUUAUUGAUUGGGCAGCCUUCUGGAAGUGAGAUUGGUGAUCGUGCAGCUUCAUAUGAGUCACAUGGUCCUAGCUCCCGGAAGAGGAAUUUAGAUGAAGGUGGAAGCACAGUUGACAGGCCGCAGUUAUUGGUCCAACCAACAGACAGUGUUGAAGGAACUGUAAUUGACCGUGAUGGUGAUGAAGUCGAUGGAGGUGGACAGUACUCUGCCGGUCCUUCAAAGCGCGCUCGUGACUCCAGGGUUGUUGAGCACCAUCUCUCACCCUAUAAAAGGGACUCUUCUGGUGCUGGUCCAAGCCGUUCGUUUGGUUUUGAUGUUGGACUUGAUGCUUACAAAGAUGAUUUUGACCAGGGUCAUGACCAAUUUAUUGGAAACCCAUCAACUAGAGAUUCGACGCAUGUGUCCUCUGUUAUUGCUAUGGACACAAUCUGUCACAAUGCAGAUAAUGAUUCAAUGGAAAGCGUUGAAAACUAUCCUGGAGAUUUUGAUGAUGUUCAAUUGCCUUCCACAUCAACAAUCAAGAAUGCUGACCAAAAUGAGACUUCUGAAUUGAACUACAGCACUCAAGCACAACAGAGCACUUGUCAAGCUGUUAUCAGAACUGCUGGUGAAAUGGGUGUUAGUAGCACAAAUGAAGAAGUGGUAAACACAGAUACUGCAACCGCCCAUGGGAGGGACGUCCCCAGUUUUGGAAUUAGUGGAGGUAGCGUUGGUAUGGGCGCCAGCCAUGAAGCUGAAAUUCAUGGGACUGAUGCUUCCAUAUAUAGAGCUGAAAGUGGUGUUGGUGAUGUAGAACCUAUUGCUGAAAUAACUGACAACCAAGGCCAAACAGGUGAGUUUGCUUCAGAUCCAGGGCUAAUGGGUGAAUUCGUCCCUGAAGAAAUGGAUAGGGAGGAUCCUCAAGGAGAUAGUCAAGAUUUAAUGUCUCGAUCUGUAGUAAGAGCUGAUAGUGGCUCAAAAAUUAUGGGUUCAACUAAAGCAGACUCUGUUGAAAGUGGUGAAAAGACCAGUAACAUGCGGGGCACCUCCUAUGAGAACAGUCCUCAUCCUUCCCUGUCAUGCAAUGCCAUCUUGUGUUCUGGCUUUGAAGUUUCCAAGGAAGAAGUAACUCAGGCUGCCAAAGACCCAACCACUGAUGAAUGUGGAUAUGUGGAAUCAGGGUAUCAUAUUUCAACUGCCGCAGGGCCUCCCAAUGGUGGAAGCAACUAUGACGAAGCAGUUGAGUUUGAUCCAAUCAAACAUCAUAACCCCUUCUGCCCCUGGGUGAACGGAAAUGUUGCUGCUGCUGGCUGUACUAGCAGCAGUGGUUCGGGUUCCAGCGCGGGAGCAGUUGCACUUUGUGGCUGGCAGCAGACCUUAGAUGCUUUGGAUGCUUUUCAAUCACAGGGGCAAGUUCCGGUACAGACAGUGGAAUCUGAAUCAGCAGCUUCCAUGUAUAAGAACUCUGAUUGGUUGCAGGAUGAGCAUCAUACUGGCAAUCGGAAGCUCUUGGCACGACACUCUUUCAACAAAAGCCAUGGCAAAAACUGAAUCAGAUAUAGUUGGUUUAGAGUUCCAGAAUCUGUUGCUACUGCUUCCUUGUGCAAGACACCAAAGUUGAAGAUGAACAGCACUUGAUCAAACUGAAAACGGCGAAAGCCAGUCAUUGCAUCUUUACUGUAUUUAGAAAACUCCAUUGCCUGUGGUGCUUUUUUUUUAUGCUUGUUUCCAGAGCUAGUAUCAAUAAUAAUACCUUGCAAGGACCUUCUGGUACUUUCGUCGGGCAUGAGACAUGUAUUUGAAGCUCUUCUUCACAUUCAUAAAUGUGGUUGAAGUUUUCUCUGACAGUUACUUAUUCAUGAGGCAUUCUUGCUAUUGAACAAUACAUCUGUCUGGAUUCAGCCCUCA